GGCGGGCAUGGCAAGCACAAGGGUUUUCUUUUCAUGAUGAUGACAGCUCUCCUAUCUGGCUUUUUAGGAUUUACAGCUGGCUCAUUUUUCUCCAUCUUUCCCAAGCCCGAUUCAGACGUGAAGACAUUGAUUCUUCAACAACCGGGAGUCAACAUCAAAGAGGUUUUCACCAGCAUCCACACAACGUUCACGUAUAACCGUACAUUCGGGGCAGACCCUGAAGUUGACACAGCAACAGCGGAGGCUUGGGAUUCGAUUGUUCCACUUGGACAAGGUACAGUCCAAUUCCCGCCGCAUAGCGCCCAGUUUCACACACUCUCUGUUGUGCACCAGCUGCACUGCCUCUGGGCCCUUCACCAUUCCUACUACACCGCCUUGCAUCGAGGCAAUGGGGGCGAGGACACUGCAUUAGGCCACGUCCGACAUUGCUUUGACUAUCUACGGCAGAGCCUGACAUGUGCCGCCGAUAUGACCUUAGAGCCAAUCGACCACACCCUGGGAGGCGUCACGGGGUGGGGAAAUCCUCGUCUUUGCAGAGACUACUCCGCAGUGGCGGCCUGGGCAAGGGAGCAUCGCGCAAAUAACUUGAAAGGUUUCUCACAUGAAUAACCUUCAAGCGUGCCAGAAUAUGCGAGCAUGACGCGAGGUUGCAUCUCUCUACCUAUGGUUGGUCUGCGGUGAAACGGUCAGGGAAGGGAUGAGCACCGAGUUUCCCGAUGAUGCUUGAUAGUGCAAUCCAAUCAGGCUGGCUCG